AUGUCGAACAACCAUCUGGAUAAAUGGAUUCCUUGGAAGAACUCAAAGACCUCACCUGACGAGGCAGCUGCAGAAGGCCAGAAUGUGACUCCUUCCCCAUCCGAUACCUCUGAAAUACUGUGGUCUCCCGGUGAGCUUGGUGAUUUACCACAACCCCCAACGGAGUUGGACCGAAAGCCCUCUCUGGUUCGGACUAUCCGAGCAACGUCGACAUUCGGACUCCCCACGCGGAAUUCGUCAGUGUCCACCAAUCGACGCAAUGACCCUCUCGGCCUGACUGUCGUCUAUGAUCCAGAAUCAUCGCCUUCUCUUGACAUUAUUUUUGUUCAUGGUCUGGGCGGUACCAGCAGAGCUACGUGGGCACGAGAUCGAGAUCCAGAGUACUUCUGGCCAGAGAAAUGGCUUCCUCUAGAGCCCGGGAUUCGAAAAGCAAGAAUCUUGUCCUUCGGCUAUAACGCAAGCUGGGCAUCCACCGGUCCAGCUCCCAUUACGGGCAUAACCGACUUUGCAAAAGACUUGUUAUAUUCGAUGAAGUUUGCCAAGGGUGAAAGAUUGGAAGAACUUGAACUGGGCCAGAGACCAAUUAUCUUCAUUGUUCAUUCCAUGGGGGGCCUAGUCGUUAAGCAGGCGUAUAUCCUUGGUCAAAACGACGAUCAGUAUUCGGAGAUCGUAUCAUCGAUCAGCGCGAUACUAUUUUUGGCGACUCCACAUCGCGGAUCUAACCUAGCCGAAAUCUUGAACAAGAUCCUGACGGUGUCACUGUUCAAUCAUAGUCCCAAAUUAUACAUAGCGGAGCUGCGUGCCGGGUCACAGACUGUAGCAGCUCUGAACGAGCAAUUCCGUCACAUCGCUCCAAAUCUGGACAUACUUUCAUUCUACGAGACUCUACAGACUUCAAUUGGUCCGAAGAAAAUGAUGGUGGUCGAGAAAGAAUCAGCUACUCUCGGGUAUCCGAAGGAGAUUUCAAAGGCUCUGGCUGCCGAUCACCAUACGGUCUGCAAGUUUGAUAGCACCCAGGACUCUAAUUACAUCAGUGUUAGGAACGCUUUGAAAACUUUGGUCUCAUCUAUUCGCUCGGCAGGACAAUCUUUAUUUGGAGAGCAGGGGGGAACAAAGCUUGAACAGUUGCAGACUAUGUUGGCAGUGUCAGAGACCUUUAGUGAAGAUCUUGACUUCUUUCAUGCCAGGUGGACUCCUGGAACCUGCGACUGGAUUAUCGCUCAUCCAUCCUUCACUCGUUGGAUGGAUCCAGCUGAGGAUUCCCCGACCAUGUUGUGGUUGCACGCUUUACCAGCGAGUGGGAAAUCUGUUUUAUCGGCCUUUGUUACACAUAAGCUCUUAGAAGAGUCUGUUUGUGUGUACUAUUUCUUCCGAUUCAGUGACGAUUCCAAGCGCUCGCUGAGUGCCUGCUUGAGGAGCAUUGCUUUCCAGAUUGCAAAGCAGCUGCCCGGAUUUUGCCGCGCAUUGAAAAAUAUGCCUUCUGCCACAAAAACGUUGGAAAAAACGGACUCGAAGGCCAUUUGGGAAAGGAUAUUUGUUCAGCUGCUGUUUAAAAUAAGGUUUUCUACAACUAUCUACUGCGUUAUCGAUGCACUGGAUGAGUCCGACAACCCACAGCAGCUGGUAGAGUUGAUGCAGAGUGUCUCGCAUUCAUUGACGCGCAUCAAGGUGAUCCUUGUCAGUCGGCAAACACCGGGGCUCAUUAUAACAUUUGACCGCUUGUCGACUGUGGCCUCGGUUGCAUACUUACCACUGGAGAAUACCAAAAGUGACAUAAGGCUGUAUGUCAAACGGGAAGUAGAAUAUAUGCGUGCCGCGCCCGAAUUCAAAGCGCGACUGGUGGACAAAAUGGUGAAAUGCGCGGAUGGAAACUUCCUAUGGGCGAGUCUUGCGAUGCGUGAAGUGGCUGAGUGCAAUACAGAGGAGGACAUCGACGAAACGCUGGGUGGCAUCCCUGGUGGCAUGGAGCAGCUAUAUCAACGGAUGGAGCGCACAAUCAUCGCGAACACAAAACCACGCAACCGGAAACUGGGACAGAGGAUUUUGAUGUGGGCCACGUGCUCCCGAAGGCCAUUGGUCCUCAGUGAGUUGGCAAAAGCAUUGGAGCCGGACUUUUUGCCGAUGGUGGAGAUGAGCCUCCUCAUCAACCGUGUCUGCGGGCAGUUUGUCAUCGUUGACUCUGCCACUAGUCGAUUAGUGAUGGUCCACCAGACCGCGAGGGAUCAUAUAGUGGCGACAGACUCAGAACUAGGAGUCAAUGUACCUGAAGGUCAUGAGAAGUUGUUGACCAAGUGCCUGACUGUCUUGGAGGAGAAGCACCACCAACCUCGAGAUCUGCAUCUUCAGCCUGGAAAUCGGAAAGGCAGCCUGAGGGGAGAGUUUUUCUACUAUGCAAUGACCUCGUGGGCAUAUCACUUGGAUAAAGUAUCUUCUGAUUCAGAUGCACCGCUACUCCUUUUAGCCAAGUUCCUUAAUGGAAAUCACGUUCUAGACUGGAUUGUGGCACUGGCUGAAGCGAAGAAACUGCGGGUUCUCGUGUCUUCCGCAAAGAGCAUGAAUUUAUACGCUCGCCGGAAACGAGGCCGCAAUGCUGUGACACAUCCAAUGGUUCAUCGGCUUCAAGAACUCGACUUGGUGGAAUCAUGGGCAACAGACUUGCUCAAACUCAUUGGGAAGUUUGGACUGCAUCUGACUGAGUCCCCUACCUCUAUCUACCAGAAAAUCCCGCCAUUCUGCCCAAAGUCCUCGAUGAUAUACCGACAGUUCCAGCAAUUCGCUCCCCGUCCAUAUUCCCUGGUGGUCAAUGGACUAUCAAAGGCCACGUGGGAUGAUGGCCUAGCAAAGAUCUCCCUUCAACCGGCAACUCAGGGUACCAUACUUAUCUGUGCGGGAGACCAUUUUGCUGUGUUAACCAAAGGAGGAGUAAUCACUUUGUACAACUCUACAACUUUCGAGACUAUGCAUGUGCUAAGACACACGGAGGAGGUUUCUGCGAUGAGUUUCAGUCGCGGCUCUCAUCUUCUCGUGACAUACGGCCACCGGACGACAAAGGUCUGGUCCGUCCAUUCGGGAGAAGUCAUGCACCGAAUCAAAAACCCCAUCGGGAGCACGGCCAUGGCCAUAGUAUUCUCCACCGGGGAUACCCAGAUUGUCAUCGGAUCAACGGAUCGACUCCUCAGAGUUGCCCGGUUGACGGACCAAGUUCCCGUCUGGUCGAUUUUGCAUUCCAACCUUUUGAAAAAGGACACAGCUCUGGAUAGGCCUGUGCACAACGUUCCUUGGCAUAUUUCAUUCAAUUCUAACGCGACCUGUGUAGCUGUCGCGUAUCGCGGUUCUCCUCUAUGUGCCUGGUCCCUCGAAACAGCGACGCUCCUGGGACGAUGUAUGCGCGAUCAUGAAUAUGCAGGGAAUUCCUGGUCUGUUGUGGACCAGAUGAUAUGGCAUCCCAAAUCUCAGGAAGUUCUCGGUGUGUACAUGGGAGGGCAAGUAUUCAGAUGGGACCCGUACAAGAAUAGCCAGCAGGAGCUGGAGGCCGAUGCAAAACUUCUUGCAUGUAGUCCCGAGGGCAAAUUCUUUGCGGUAGGUGACAGGCAGGGGGCAAUCAAGCUGUAUAACUUUCAUCAUUUCACCCUGAUCUACAAGCUGUCCUGCGAUGAUAUGAUCAACCAUAUCUGCUUCAGUCCAGACAGCAAGCGAUUAUAUGACCUCCGUGGCCCAUGGUGCAAUGUUUGGGAGCCAAAUGCAUUACUUGCAGGGGAUGAGAACGGCGAGGAUAGUGACCUUGGGAGUGAGGCGGCCAGCAUUCCAUCGGCCAUUGUCUCCGAGGCUUCUGCAGAGGUACGGGCACAGAUAACCGCAAUUGCUGUUCAACUUGGAGGGCGAUAUCACGCUGUUGGGGAUGAUGUUGGAGUUGUCAGCGUGAUAGACACCUCGGAUGACGAGCAUGUGACAUCUGAGCUCUGGAGAUCACCUUUGCGCCUACCAAUCGAACAUUUAGAUUGGUCUUGUGAUGGAAGAUUCCUAGCCAGUAUCGAGAUGGCAGGGAGGGUCGUCGUGAAGGAGAUCCACACAGGCAGCGACCGAACUUGGACUGUUAGCCAAGCCUUUGAGGCGACAAUAAAUGUUAGUCCCGAAGGCGUUCAACAAGUCCUGCUCAAUGGUAAUGGGUCAAAAGUUUUGGUCAAAAACGGGCCUUUGGUCACCGUUCAACCGGUGUCCACUCAACCCAGCAGAGAGUCUCUCUCUAUUACAUCGCCACAUACGAAGUGGGUCAACCAUCCAACAGACUCAAAGCUAUUAUUGUCUUUCAGCCCCAGUUAUACUCGCGUCUACAAAUGGGACGAUCUUUCUGAAAUUGCUGUCAUUGUUCUGGAGAGACCACCAUUACUCUCGGAGCUAGAUCUAAAGGUCACUCCAGUUACUGUCGAAGCCAACCAGCAUGAUGAAGAAAACGCCAAAAUCCAGCGCAUCUGCCACACGCACUCAGGCUCUCAAUUCCUUAUCCACACCGUCAUUUUGACCAACGGUCGCAGAGAAACCGUCACGUUGCUGUUUGAAACAUCUUUGCUGUCCCGACUGUCAACCACGUCAACCAUACCUCCGUCGAUCGAGACACCUAUGACCAUCCCACCGGAAAUCCAGCGCCUGAUUGAAAUUCCACUUGGAAUCCUCCCACGUGAACGCCUUGUGUUCCUUGACAAAAGCCACUGGGUAUGUUCUUGGAGUCUCGGUUCCAGAUUCACCCCGGACCAGGUGCAGCGGCACUAUUUCCUCCCCAAGGAUUGGUUGAAUGUGGAAUGUUUGGAGUUGUGCGUCUUGCUUCCAAAUGGUGUGUUUUUGAUUCCGAAUAAUGGCGAGCUGGCUCAGGUUACUAGCACUGGGUUAUCCCAUGGGUGA